AUGGCUACCAGUCGCAAGGUUGCCUCCAAGCAUGCAAAAUCCACAGACACACAACCAGCACAACCACCUGUGCAUACCACAAGUGGUCAACAGCGACGGCUGACCGAAAAAGAAAAUUACUGUGUCUCUGAGUCUCAGCACAUUACCCAUUGCCAAGAACACAAGGAAAAGAAGUUAGAGAAACAGAAGAAAAAAGUACUGAAGGCUACUUACCAAGCUGAUCCUGACAUCUUUGAGCGAGAGCCGUCUGAACUGCAUAGCAACAUUGAUAGGGAAGAAGAAACUAUGUUCUCAGAUUGCAAUAUGCCAUCCAAGCUGUCCCGGCCCAAGGUCCUGACAUUCAGUGCUGGGAAAAUCCCCCCGCCGAUGUUGCAUAAUGCCAGUGCCACCCGCAAGGCUACUACCACAGCUCCAACUCUGAGUCCAUGUGAUGAUGAGUCAACAGACUGUGACUCUCAACCUGAAGCUCAGGUUGACCACACUGAUGACUCGGAAGAGGACGAUAAUGACAAUGCCGAAGAACUAUCGCCAAUAGCUCGAGGGACCAAGUGA